AUGGAAGACGACGCGAUCCCUCCGCACGGAGAUAACGACUCUCACCGCCCCCUCACCCCCAACACCGCCAUACACUGCCCUCCUCCGCCGUCGUCAUCACCACCAACCUCCUCCCUCCCGUCCGCCGACCGACCCGCCGACAUCCCCCUGACACAGGCGGUCCUCCGCCUGAUCCAGUGCUCGCAGUGUUCGCGACCGUUGCAGACGCCGCUGCGGCUUCCAUGCGGGAACACGGUGUGUCGCGGGUGCUUACCGCCGCUGCAUCGGCGGCGGGGCGUGACGUACCCAGCCACGGAGGCGCGGAGAGACGGGUUUACGUGCUCGGCGUGUCUGGGCGAUCAUUGUGUCGGGGACUGCGGGACGGAUGUGCUGUUGACGCGGCUGGUGGAGGUGUUUGACGAGGUGCUGCGGCCUGCUGCAACAGAGGCGGAGGAGAAUGCUACCGGGGAGGAGGGCGGGAUGGAAGGGCUCUACGCGCUGAUCAGGGAGGGUCGCUUCGACUACAAUGGCUACGGGGGGGCCUGCGAGCGCGACGGCGGGCAGACGGAUGCCCGCAGUGCGACGGUGCUGGGCCGGCUGGCGGAGCGGCUGCGGGGGGAGCUGGACUGUCAUGUGUGCUACGCGCUGAUUCUGGAUCCGCUGACGACGUGCUGCGGACAUACCUUCUGUCAGCGGUGCGUGGCGAUGGUGCUGGGCCACUCGGAUCUGUGUCCGGUGUGCCGGCGCAAGCUGAACAUGUCGUCCACGCUGCAGUCGGAGCCGGUGAACCAGCGCAUUGCGGCGCUUAUCGAGGCGCUGUUCCCCGAGCAGGUUGCGGCGCGACGGGAGACAUCCGCCCUAGAGGAGAGCAAUCCCAAUGAGACGACGCUGCCGUUGUUCGUCAGCUCGCUCUCCCUCCCGACGAUGCCGACCUUCCUGCACAUCUUCGAGCCGCGAUACCGGCUGAUGAUCCGGAGGGUUAUGCAGAGCCGCGGGCGCAGGUUCGGCAUGGUCAUGUAUAACCGUGCUGGUCGGCUACAGGAGGGCCUCGGACGGUCCCAGUUCCUGCAGUAUGGGACCGUGUUGGUGGUGGAUCGGUACGAGCUGUUGCCGGACGGGAGGAGUCUGGUGGUUGCGACCGGCGUGUCGCGGUUCAAGGUGUUGGGGUCUGUGGUCGUGGACGGCUACCAGGUGGGCCGGAUCCAGCGCGUGGAUGACAUUUCCAUUACCGAGGAGGAAGCGCGCGAAGCGCUGGAAACGUCGGCCACGGCCGUCGACGUGGAAGGUUCUGCAGAACGGCCGCUGGAGAGCAUGUCGACGCAGGAGCUGUUCCAGCUCGGCUUGGACUUUGUGCGCAGGCAGCAUGGACAGGGCGCGGUAUGGCUCCGACCGCGAGCGUUGUUGGCAUACGGGGAUAUCCCCACGGAUCCGGCUCGUUUCCCAUGGUGGUUUGCUAGUAUCCUGCCGGUGUGGGAAGAAGAGAAGUACGCCCUUCUGUCCGCAACGAGUGUUCGCGAGCGCUUGAAGAUCACUGCGCGGUGGAUAAGAAAGCUGGAGUCUCCCGUCCCUGUCCUCGUCUUUGCCGUGCUUUCCAUGAGUCUGGGAGCCGGUACCAUGUCCCUACCGCUGGGAUCGAGCGUCUUUACCACCUUCACGCCCUUUUCCAUGUCCGUGUCUGUUUCGUUCGGCUCGGCUGGACCCUUUACUGUCAACAGUGGCCAGCCGCACUUCCAGCGAGAAGGCUCCGAGACGCAUCUUCCCCAGAUUGUCGUAGCUGAGUGGUCCAGACGGACCCUGCCUGACUGGCCGGAUGGUUUCGACGCCGAUCACACAGAAGAUAACGCCAUCCUGCAGAGAGAAACCUGA